GGAGGGUGGGGAUGGCGGCACGUUGGCAGCGAUGGCAUCGAAGGCGAAGCCACCGGUGGUUGGCGGGGAGUCGCUGUCCAGGGGGCCGGGAGGAGGAGGAGGAGGAGGAGGAGGGGGAUUGUUGACUUUCGAGCCACCAUUGAAGAAGCGGCGACGACAGGAGUUUCUCUCUCUCGAGCCGGCCGCGGCGCCAAUUGCGGUUCCAUCCGGCGGCGCGGUUUGUCCUUCCGCUGCCACUGAGGUUAUCUCUGGGGUCCGUGAUGCUGGAGGUAGCUCUGCGGUCCGUGAUGCUGGAGGAAGCUCUGGGGUUCGGGAUGUGGGAAGUAGCGCGGGCAGCGAUGGCAGUGGGGGUUUAGCGGGAGUUCGGGCGGAGCCUGCUAUGAAGACGGACUGCUCCAGCAGCAGCAGCAGCCAUUUAGCGGGCAGCGAUCAUCCUCUGUCAAAAGCAGUGGCAGGGGCAAAGGCGGAGGAAGUGGGAGAGGGAGCAAGAACAAGUAAUGAUGUUGACAAGGGAAACGCCACGGUGGAAAAUGGAGAAAGCGAGGGAGAAAGAACAAAGAGCCCGGCUGACAAGGACAUAGCAAUGAGCGGCGACGGCCCCGUAGGCGGGAAUGAAGGCGAAGAUGACAAAAAGAAUGACAAUGGCAGAGAGAGCCCGCAGUCUGCGCUCUCAGUUGAUGAGAAUAGAGUCGUUUCCUCGGCUUCUCCUCUAAUAAGAACUAAUCCUGCUAGCGAUGCUCAUUCUCUACAAGUCAAUCGCACCCAAUCUCUCUCUACUAGGGACGGAGCGCAGCGCGAAGAACAAGAUCCUGCCUGUGCGACUGCGCGCCAGCGCUGUCACCUUCGGACUGAGCUGUCAAGCCGUGAGGCUAAUCAGCUAGCCCACCACUCUCUCCCUCCCCCCACCACAGAGCAUAAGACUCGUGACGGGCACGAUCAGUCUUUUCCACGCGCACGGCAGCGUUCCAGUGCUGAGAACCAACGGUCACACGUUCCUUCCUUCAUUGGGAGAAAUACAAUCAGCGAGCAGAUUCGUACGUGUCCUCCCCAUCCACGUCAGCAGCAUUCAUCUCACGAUAAGCAACGUUCACGCCUUGAAGGUCAAGAUCAUCGGCAUCAGUCCCCUCCGUCCAUUUCAUCUCCUCCUAGUCAUCAGCAGCGACCUGAUUCUCGCUCACCUGAACGGCAGGGUGAGAAAGAGAUGGGGAAAGAAAAGCCACAGAAGCAGCGGAAAGAGGAGGAGGAGGAGGAGGAGGAGGCGGAGGCUCGAACGGGGACGAUGGAGGCUGAGGAAUCUGGAAGGACUGGCGAAGCAGCAGCGUUGGAUGGCCCUCAGAGCUCCUCUAGUCAGAGGCUGACGGCGGGGAAACGAGGAAUAUCGGUUUCAGACGCAAGGACUGGAAAUCCUCCACCUGGGGCAGUGGCCACGUCAAGUGCAAUGGGGGAUGAGCAAGGGGUUAAGGGCGGACGCUCACGAGAGUGCGGGCGACAAAGACAUGCGGAGAAGGAGAGUAACACGGAGGAGAUAAAAGCACUUUACAGGGUCUACAUGCGUCUGAAAAAGGGCUUGGCGAGGAGAAGAGAUGGUGUCAUGGGAAGUCCUCGCGAAGUAGAAGAGUCGUUCUUAGCUAUGGGCGAAGCAGCGUUGCAUGACUGCGUCGUGGGCCCUCCCAGCAACGGCACUGGGAGGUGGUGGCAGAAGGGAAGCGUGAAUGAGGGCUUAGGCAGGCGUCUUGUUCUGCGAAUGGAGCGAGUGGAGGGUGGGGAUGGCGGCACGUUGGCAGCGAUGGCAUCGAAGGCGAAGCCACCGGUGGUUGGCGGGGAGUCGCUGUCCAGGGGGCCGGGAGGAGGAGGAGGAGGAGGAGGAGGGGGAUUGUUGACUUUCGAGCCACCAUUGAAGAAGCGGCGACGACAGGAGUUUCUCUCUCUCGAGCCGGCCGCGGCGCCAAUUGCGGUUCCAUCCGGCGGCGCGGUUUGUCCUUCCGCUGCCACUGAGGUUAUCUCUGGGGUCCGUGAUGCUGGAGGUAGCUCUGCGGUCCGUGAUGCUGGAGGAAGCUCUGGGGUUCGGGAUGUGGGAAGUAGCGCGGGCAGCGAUGGCAGUGGGGGUUUAGCGGGAGUUCGGGCGGAGCCUGCUAUGAAGACGGACUGCUCCAGCAGCAGCAGCAGCCAUUUAGCGGGCAGCGAUCAUCCUCUGUCAAAAGCAGUGGCAGGGGCAAAGGCGGAGGAAGUGGGAGAGGGAGCAAGAACAAGUAAUGAUGUUGACAAGGGAAACGCCACGGUGGAAAAUGGAGAAAGCGAGGGAGAAAGAACAAAGAGCCCGGCUGACAAGGACAUAGCAAUGAGCGGCGACGGCCCCGUAGGCGGGAAUGAAGGCGAAGAUGACAAAAAGAAUGACAAUGGCAGAGAGAGCCCGCAGUCUGCGCUCUCAGUUGAUGAGAAUAGAGUCGUUUCCUCGGCUUCUCCUCUAAUAAGAACUAAUCCUGCUAGCGAUGCUCAUUCUCUACAAGUCAAUCGCACCCAAUCUCUCUCUACUAGGGACGGAGCGCAGCGCGAAGAACAAGAUCCUGCCUGUGCGACUGCGCGCCAGCGCUGUCACCUUCGGACUGAGCUGUCAAGCCGUGAGGCUAAUCAGCUAGCCCACCACUCUCUCCCUCCCCCCACCACAGAGCAUAAGACUCGUGACGGGCACGAUCAGUCUUUUCCACGCGCACGGCAGCGUUCCAGUGCUGAGAACCAACGGUCACACGUUCCUUCCUUCAUUGGGAGAAAUACAAUCAGCGAGCAGAUUCGUACGUGUCCUCCCCAUCCACGUCAGCAGCAUUCAUCUCACGAUAAGCAACGUUCACGCCUUGAAGGUCAAGAUCAUCGGCAUCAGUCCCCUCCGUCCAUUUCAUCUCCUCCUAGUCAUCAGCAGCGACCUGAUUCUCGCUCACCUGAACGGCAGGGUGAGAAAGAGAUGGGGAAAGAAAAGCCACAGAAGCAGCGGAAAGAGGAGGAGGAGGAGGAGGAGGAGGCGGAGGCUCGAACGGGGACGAUGGAGGCUGAGGAAUCUGGAAGGACUGGCGAAGCAGCAGCGUUGGAUGGCCCUCAGAGCUCCUCUAGUCAGAGGCUGACGGCGGGGAAACGAGGAAUAUCGGUUUCAGACGCAAGGACUGGAAAUCCUCCACCUGGGGCAGUGGCCACGUCAAGUGCAAUGGGGGAUGAGCAAGGGGUUAAGGGCGGACGCUCACGAGAGUGCGGGCGACAAAGACAUGCGGAGAAGGAGAGUAACACGGAGGAGAUAAAAGCACUUUACAGGGUCUACAUGCGUCUGAAAAAGGGCUUGGCGAGGAGAAGAGAUGGUGUCAUGGGAAGUCCUCGCGAAGUAGAAGAGUCGUUCUUAGCUAUGGGCGAAGCAGCGUUGCAUGGAUGCCCUAGCGUUCGACGGAUUGCAGCAGAGCUGAUCCCACGUUAUGCACCCCUCUGUCCUGUUGCAUCGGAGUCCGGGGUACAGGUAUUGCUUGAGCUGUGUGAUUGGAGCAUUGGGUUGGUGGUGAGUGGGCAGGAUGAUGAUGGGAUAGGAGCGCUCACGGCAGAGGCAGGGUUCGGAGGGCUGGCGGCCCUUUCUGCUAUGUCCCCUGCGGCAUGUGUGGGUUCGUCGCGCAGGGGUACACCGAAGAGUCCUGCGAGCACUGUGGGAGGAAUGUCUGUUUGCAAAGAAGUGGCGCGGUAUCUUCUACGGCAGCUGAGCGAAUGGAAGGUGCAGAUUGCGCAAGGGGCGCAGAGGGGGGAAGAUGAAGUGGGAGGAAGAGUAUGGAGAGAGAGUUGGGGAGCAGGGAAGGAGGCAAAUGAAGGGGGAUUGGAAGGAGGUGGUAGAGAGCGCUUGCGCAGCUCAAGGGAAGGGAGUGGACCGGAGAUGGUGCAGAAUCUGAUUGCAAUGACUGCACUCAAGGUUUUAGAGGUACAGCCUCAGGCUCUGCUUGCGGCAUCUUUUGACCUGGCGAGCGCCAGCGAUGCGAGGCUGAGGCGCAAUGGUGUGUACUUCUUGAGAGAGAUCACAAGGGAGAUUUUGAGAGAGAAAGAACACAGAGAAGUUGGACAGGAAGGUGAGGGACGAGAGAAACCAACCGGAGGGGGAGGAGAGGRAGAGGUUUGUGACAGGUGGUCAGCUGGUGUGGACUGUGAAACUCCUCUCGAUGGAGAGAUGGCAGACGCGAAGGAGAAGAAAACCGAUGCAGCUAUGGAGUGGAUCCGGGAACUGGAUAGGGCAGAAAAAGGGGUGGAAGGUGGAGUUUCAAGGUCUCGAGACAGGAUGGGGAGGACACUAGUCCCUGGUGGCGGCCCUAGCAAAGGGAAAAGAAGUCAAGGUACAGAGAUCUGUUGGAGGGACUGUUUAGCCUUCCGGGUGCUUGGUCGUCGUGCAGAUAUAGAAUGGUGGGUGAUCAGUGCUGUUCGUGAAUUUCGUCAAGGGGCACCUAUUGAUGCAGUGUUGGAGGUGGCUCCACUUUUGGAGACAUUGCUGCAAGCGCUGCACUGUGCUCGCUUGAAUUGCCUCGAAUCACGGAUGUCCGUACAAGAUGCAGGCUUCGGUGGCAUCCAGGACGAAAUUGCUGUGACACGAAUGUACCAAGGAGGGGGGGGGGGAGCGGGUGGAGGAGCUGCUGGAGUAGGGGGAGGGGGAGGAGGUGGAGGAGGUGCAUAUGUCAGGCAGCGCCGAAAAGAAGGAUGCAGAAGUUUGUUCCGUGGAAAUAGGAUGGAUGUUCACUUUUCCAGCGGAAUGAACUAUGGGUGGAUUAGUGGGCUUGACUCUUCAAGAGGUGAUGGAACCCUUGCCGGCAGUGAUGGGAGUGAUGUGGCUGAUGGAUGCCUGCCGAUGUGGCAUGCAGGUGGACAUUCUCAUGAUGGGCGCGGGUUGGCUGGUGAAGAUGUGGGCUGUUCAACUCCUAGCAGCCGAGGUAAUGAUAUUGGAAGGAUAAGCGGUAUGUGCGUCGGUGAUGGAUCAGUAGGAGGAGCUGUCUGGCCAACAUCGACAGGAGCACCAGCGGUAGCGGGAGUAGUAGCAGGAGGCGGCAGUGGAGGAGGAGGGAAGGUGCAUCUGGAGGAGAAUGGCAGAAGACUGGAGGGUGGAGUGUCUCUCCCUUCCCCUCAGCAACCUCAAACCCCUCCAAAGCUGCUGCAGCAAACCAGUGAGCUGGCGACGACAAUGGGGCUGUCGGCAAGCAUGUCUGGAUCAGGAAGCUCUGGGUCUGCUGCAACUCUGCAGACAGUUUUGCUGCAGUCAGGCUGGUAUUGUGAGGGCGAGCCAGGUUCUAUGGAUGUCUUCAUAGCAAGCCGGCAUUUAUGGGUGGGCUCGCUCAGUCCUGAGGUCUCGGAGCACCUGUUGAAAAGCCAGUUUGAGAAGUUUGGAGUAGUGGAGUCAGUGACUGUUUUCAAGUUCCGGGAUUAUGGGUUUGUGGACUUCUGGAGUGUGAAGGAUGCGGCAAGGGCUCGGGAGGCGAUGCACGGGACAAUGCCAUUCCGAGCAGAGGGCCAGAUCAAGCCCUUGCAAAUCAAGUUCUCAGAUGGUGGCAGUGGAAAACGAGGGCAGUCGUUGUCUAGUGGAGGAAGCAUCCAUGUAUGGAUUGGUGGUAUUGACAGCCAAAGUUUGAAGGAGGACCUGCUGACCAGUAUGGCAGCCAUCUCAAGUUUCAGAGGUCCACGGUCUGUGCAGGUGCUUGUCCUUGCAAGUGCAUUGCUCUUGGAGUUCGACUCUGCAGAUGACGCAGCAGCAGCAAUGCUGUAUGUGAGGCAGCAACGAGCGUUAGGCACCGGUUCACUCAGCAAUGGCUCUGGCAGUAGUAAAAGAGGGGUAGGGUUGGGCUCAUCUGGGGUACGGCCAAUGCCUUUGGGAGGUUUGUCCGCAGUUGUGGGUGCAGGUGUCGGUGCUGCAAAUGGUGGUAGUGUGGGUUUGGGAGGAGGAGCCAGUCCGAAGGUUGGGUGCCUGCGGGAUGCUGCUUCUGGGUUAAUGUCCUCAGCUUCUGCUAGUCGACAUCUCUGGGUUGGGAAACUUGAUCCGGCUGUGAGGGAGGAGGACAUACUUGAUGCAUUUGCACAGUUUGGGGAGGUGACUGGAUGGAAGUUCCUGCAUGGCUGCUGUUUCAUAGACUUCAAAUCAGCUGAGGCCGCAAGUGUAGCAAAGGCCCGCCUGCAUGGUAUGGUCAUUGGUGGUUCAGCUAUUGUUGUCGAGUUUAAAAACACAUUGUUGAGGCACCCGAUGGUGAGCGUCGGUUCUGGGUUAUCUGGAGCAGUUGCUGGGAAUGGAGUCACAACUGCUGCUGCCAAUGUUGCUGGGUCUCAAUCGCUGGCCUCCGCGUCUCCAUCGCAAGGACCGUUGUUGCCACCACCCUUGAGUGGAGUGGCGGUUGUGUCAAGAGUCAAUGGGCAAGUAUUGCACACGGGCCAAGUUUCGCAAAGCCCUGGAAUUGGGUGCCAUUCGAGUGAAGUGGGGCCCCGGAUAAGGGGACUUUCAGGGAGAGCAGUGUCGAGGGAAUCAGGCGAUCGAGAGCGCGUCCCAACAAACACUCUCUGGGUCUGUCUUCCAGACGAGGGGGCAGCAUGCUUUUCUAAUGACAGAGAUGUGCAGAUGGUUUUCAAUGGUGCAGCGGUUGGAGCGGGUACUGUGACGAAAGUGUGUUCUGCACGAACUCUCCGUGGUCCUUGCCGUUUUGUCGAGUUUGACUGUAUUGAGGCGGCUACUGCGGCAUUGAAGAAUCUCCGUGGGAGGUUCAAACAGAACAUUCAAAUUGAUUUCAGCAAUUCCCCCAUGUCUUUGCACCAGAACGAGCAGCAGCUACAACUGCAGCAGCAGACUGCUGGCCAACAGCCAGUUGGGUCGACGGAAGAUGCUCGGCAACGUGGCUGGGAAUAUGUGAAUGAGCGGGAGAGAGCAAGACAAUGUGAUGGGGCCGAGAUGAUGAAGAUGGACGACCACCACGAGGAUGAAGUCAGAAGUACGACAGGAAGUUUUGGUGGUGCCGACCUUCGUGGUCAGGGUGUCAGAGGAGGCUGGGGUACAGCGGAGGAAACAAUGAGUGGUGAGGACUCAUCAAACAGGGAGAGGACCGGAAUAGGUGUUGUUUCUGGAGGAACAAGUGGGAUUACUAUACCCUCUGGAGAUGAAGGCAACUCUUCAGGUAGAAUGAGCUGCGGGCCACACGGUUUGGAUAUGGGAUGCAGCCAUGCAGCUGCCUCAGAUGAUGGUGCCUGUGGGCAGGAGUCAGUGAUGACAUGGGUUGGGGCUGGAAGUGGUGGGUGCCAAAAUCUGACCCAGCAGGGUAGCCACAUCGUGUCUCCAGUGUCGCACAAAGUGCAUGUUGAUCAUGGCACGCCAUCUUCAGUUGGCCUGUCUCCAGCGUCGAUGAGACCCAUUUUGCCUGCGACACUUGCACCAUUGCCGCUCCCAAAAUCUUCCAGGGCUGCUGUUCAGAAUACAAUGGUUAGUCGUGUUGGGGGUGGAGGCGGAACAGCCGCGGGCACAGGGUUCAUCUCUCAUCCUUUGCAACCACUGGUUGUUUCUGCAAUGGAGCAGAUGUCAUCAGUAUCAACUGCAGCCGUGGCUGCAGCUGCUGCUGCAGUGAAAGCGGCACUAGCGUCCCCAAUGCCCAGCCCAUCAUAUUUCCAGGGGGGUACGGCCAAGUAUGCCCUUGCUAGCUUACCCAGCGUCUCUGUCGGCCAUUCGUGUGAAGUGGCUGUUCAAAGACAUGGGGCGGGGCAGAUGCAGGCAGUUCCUCCUGGGAUGAUGACCAGUCAACAAAUGGAGGAGCAGGCUCAGCCUCCUCUACCUCCUCCCCUGCCCCCAAGUUCAGCGCCUCCCCCUCCACCGCCUCCACCACCACCACCUCCCCUGGAACCACCACCACCUCUUCCUCCUCCUCCACCACUUCCACCUCAACAGCCACCCCCUCCACCACCACCUUCAUCACCCCCUCCACCCCCUCCUCCUCCAGAUGGUUUGCCAGAGGAUGUCAGCUUCCCUCCUCCUCCUCCUCCUAAACUGUCAGCGAACUCCCACGCAGCAACUGAUGAAGUAGGAGAAGUUCUGAGACCUACAAGACCAAGCUUGAUUACUCAGUGGCAAGGACCUCUGUGCAAGAGCGGAAUGCAGUACUGUCAGAUAAUAGCCUAUCGGGAGCAGGCUGACGGAAGCCGAUAUGAGGGAGGAGUUGGCGAGCCGGCAGGGUGGCCGGAUAAACUUGAUGUGACUAAGCGAGCUGAUUUCAAGUCACUCAAGGCAAUUUUCUCUCAAACUCCUCAUUCAAAGAGGGAAGUUAUUAGGCUCUUUGUCAGUCCCGGUGCUGACAAUCAAGAGGGGUUCCUACAGUUUGCCUCUUACUUACGACAGAGGGACAGAGCAGGCGUUGUGAAGAUACCUGCGCUGGUUUCACACAGCGGCGUAGAGAGGCUGUGGCCAAGGAUGCUGUACAUAAUGCCAUGGUCUUUGGAGAUCUGUCAUAUGCUCCGGGCCCCUCAAGAACCGCCCAACUGCCUUCUGGGCAUUGUUCUACCGUCAGUCACAUCAUCUUCAUCCCGCGAGCCCUGUAGAAGAACAAGAUGAACGCGGUUGGUUUUCACCGAACCGGCUCGGCUUCAAAUAUGUUGCUGAGGUGAACAAUAACAAGCAAUAUGGUUGAAGAAACUUCGUCGCGCUUUUGCCGAUUCAUCAAGGAACUGCUGAUUGCUUGGUACUAGGACGCUCGAUAAAUCGAAGAAACUUUGUCGGACAUCAACCGACUCUCCAAAGGCACGGCUAGUUUGUGCGGCCGAAUAACACACCUUUAUUCGAGUGCAAAGGUGCGGAGAACGGCGGUAUGUUGCUCAUGUCAGGCACCCUGAACCAUCUAAGCAACCUUUCACAGGCUUCAAAGGUUGUGAUGAAAACCUCCCCCCCCCCCCCCCCCCCCCCCCCCCUCCUUUUAUUCCUUGGUAGGUUCCAUUUGUGCUCUCCCUCAUCAGACUGUAAAAGUAUUUCACUCUGAGAGUGACGCCCUGCACUGUGUGUGUCAGCAGAGAGGUCCCUUGGGGAUUGGGGCCCUGCUGGGGUGGCCGACAUCAGCAGAAAGGGCAUGCUAGACCUUAUCGCAGAUGAUCAGCGGGACCGGUUCCAUCACCUCUGGUCUGGCUGGGAAACCUAAGGAUAAGUCGGUUAGCAGAAUGGACGAGUAUGGGCGACAAGGGGGAUACAAGUGGCAUCUAACCGUGGAAUGAACCAGGGAAUUUUUUUUGGGGUGACAGAAGAGAGUAGGUGUUAGGCUGUGUAAAGAAGGCAACAGAGCAAGUGUACGGAAUGUGUGGUAGAAAUGCCCAGGAGUGAUGUGUGUUAAAGAUGAGUGGGUGAGCGGUCAGAGGGAAGCAAUAGACAAAAAAUGAGGUAAGGCACAAGUAUUGAGUCGGUGACUGGUUUUUGUAGUUCCAGUGAUGUAGAGAAAACUGUUGUGUAGUGUGGAGGCCCUCCAAAUUGGCAAUUCAUAGUAAAGGAUGUACAUUUUCCUGUACACAAGAGAGAGAGGUAGCGGGGAUUACGGUGGGAAGGGGUAAUAGAGGGGAGAUGGGGAGUGAAGAUAGGGAUGGAGAGUUUGUGGGCGAUUGGAAGAUCGACGGUGAUGUGCGCUUUGAUUUAGGUUGUUGAUUACCCCUUUGAUUGGGUAAUUGCUGCUGGAUUGCGGCAGGGUAAAAUGUCUGUGUUCCUUCUGUUUCAGAAAAGGAGCUUUGUAAUUAAAAAUCUCUACUCGGUCAAGUACGUAGAAUUCUGUGUUUCUUCAUUGCCUGGCGAUUUUCAUUUUUUACAAUUUAAAGACUCAAAUCAAGUUGGUAUUGUCAG